AUGGCGUCCAUGCCCCAGUCAUACGAGAACGACUGGGAGCGUCUCAAUGCCAAAUCAUGGGAACUGCCCAACUACGGCCCCGGUCCAGAUUUUGGUCGGGGGACCAUCUACCGACAAGACUAUGACAAGUACGCGCAGGAUAAACGUGCUGGGCAUGAUGUUGAGGAUGAUUUUGAGGAUAUGAACUAUGAUUCCUCUACUAUUGACGAUCUGCCACAGCUUCCAACCUCAACGGUGCCCGUAACUGGUCGGUCUCUCAAAAGUUUACCCCCUGCACCCACACGGUCGCCGAUUCCAAGUCAAAGCACCUUUCCAACUCAGACAGUUAUUACUGGACCCAGAGCAGGCCGAGUUCAGGCACCAGAGGGGCCAAUAUUUGAUGAACGCGGGCCUAACACCAGCAGUUCUAAUACAUUCGCACAACAGCAGCAGCAUUUGGCAAGUAAUCUCAAAUCGGGUCAGCGUGCCCCUCUCAGGGGAGGGCAUACUUCCCCAUCACAAUCACGGGUUCAGUCAAAAAGGGGCGAUAAUAUCUCAACUGAUUCGAAACAAAGAACCAAGAAUCCGCCCCUCGCACCAGGGCAAAAUGACUAUCAUUCCAAGGCAAAGUGGCGCAAGGGCCUUUCUCCAGAUGCUUCUUAUCGUUUGCCUUAUGAAUAUCAAUUAUUCCACGCAAAACAAGUAACCCCAGGAGAAACUUCCAACAUCGAUUUCCGCCAGAGAAUUACUGAGGAGACUGGUGCCUAUGUGAGGAUCAGCGCGGGAAAUGCUAAACUCGUUCACAUCUGGGGUAAGCAAAAUCAGGUUUUGCAGACCCAAAAUAUACUUCAAGAUAUGUUGAGUCGGUUGAUGCAGCCGCGGGAUUUGCCUAGAGCAUCGCGUUGGGCCAAAAUACACGCGCAUUCAAAUACGAAGGUUGCACAUGCCCAGUCGCAGGAAACCCACGAGGAAAGAUUGUCCGAGAUGCGGCAGCCACCGAGAAUUGCCGCGGAUUACACACUUGCUUUCCUCUGGCCUUCAGAUGGCCCCUCGCUGAACUACUUUAUUACCGCCCGGCGUGAGAUCCUCGAUUUCAUUCGCUUCAAAUUUGACGUGAAUAUCUACAUUAAGCCUGGUAUUCCGGACUAUCUUUUCAUGUCCGGAAAUAAUGAGCGGGAUAUAUGCAUUAUUGCAUCUCAAUUCCGAGAGCUGUGGGAGAGGUUAAUGGUCCAACACGAGACAGAAAUCAAGCUGUUUCUUGUUGCAGCACCCCGGACAGAGCUUAUGAGAACCCACGUCAUCCUGCAGAAGUCUGGUGGGAUCUCACAACCCGUUCUCUGUGGACCGGAACUGGCACCAGACGUAGCCAUGAGCUGGGAGACCACUGCGAAUGAGAUCAAGGCCAACAACAAGAGCAUUGUCACCACUCGCCUUAGGAAAGCACUGCAUGUGAUUCCUCAAUUUCGGGGAUUCUUGCAGAUGCGUGCAAAGUUCGGCUCGUUCACACUGCAACAGUGGCGCAAGCCGAAAGAUGGCACCUCUUAUGAGUUCGCAGAGUUUCGCGAGAUGCUUACCCAUAUGAACACCGAAGGGCGUUUGGUUCCGGGAAUCCGGCUGCAGCAAGAUGAGAUCUUCGACCGGAUCAUGACAUCAAAGUUUCUUAAGCCUUGGGGUAAAGCCAAAAUCGAAUCCCUCUUGAAUUUGAUGCCUAGAUAUUCCGCCAACUUUGAGUACCAAGUGAACAAUGAUUUAGUGAUUCGUGUGGAAGCGAAAUUCUCUAUUCCACAUGGCUCGCAGGAGUUUGAAGUCAACGGAAUCCGCUGUUUCAAAUCAAAACAGAUCAGUGCUCCUGUUGAUCGUCAGAUGCCAAUGCAGAUCAGCAUGAUUGACUUUGAAAGGUCCGACUGGCAACUUGAAGUGAAGGCUCUUGAACUAUGCCCGGAUAGGGAAAUGUCCCCCGAGCUGGAUAAAUUCAUACGUUCUAUCGGUUUCCAAUGGAGCCCAAAUGCAAAGAACAUCGGAUGUGCUCCCCAGCGCAAGGCGAGGUUCUCCUAUGGUUCGCCAGUCAAGCGCUUUGUUGAAAAGGCCGCGAUUCAGCUUCGAGUUAAAGAAUCGCCGCAUGUAUUCGAGCUCGCCCGCUUCGACGAGUACACGUAUGCGGCUGGUCACUGGUCGACGACCCCUAAAGUGUCUUGGGGGGCAUCUUUGUUCAAUCCUAGCUGGGAUGAUAUUCUAGGUGAACAGGCCGAUGUCAAGCCUGUCGACAUUUCUAAGGAUGAGUGUCUGUCGGUGUUCUUCCCCCCGCCGGGGGAUGACCAGGAACAGACGGACAAGCAGAAAACGGAUGAUGAGACCCGCAAGGAGGCUGAAACCCGAAAGAUAGACGAAGAGAAGCAGUUGAGUGUUUUCAUGAGCGCUGUCCAGAAGAUUGCGCGGAUGCUGGCGAAUCCCGGCGCUGAGAUGCCCGAGGUCCUCGAGACUGAUCUUGGAAGCCUGUUCUAG